AUGACCUCAACUUCAACCGCACCUUCUUCAAAACGUGUAUACGUCCCACCUCAUUUACGAAACAGAUCCAACCCAUCGUCCUCUUCGACCUCGUCUCCCUCAAGAAGUUCGAACAACCAACCAGCCACUCCACCUUCUUCCAGUCGACCAUACUCUUCUGCUCCAAAUAGAUCAAGUGACUAUGCAUCAAGAUCACCAUGGUCCCAUACUUCCUCUCCAUCGUCAAGCCAUCCAGGUAGGAAUCAUUACAAUAACAUCGCAUCACCCAAUGCGAAAGGGUACAAUGGCAACAACAGUCAUUAUGGGAAUACUUUCACUUCUGGACAAUCUCAAUCAUCAUCAUCAUCAUCCAACGGCAUUGGAUAUUCCUCAAGUCCAUCUUUAUACGUAUACGGAGAUAGCUUCGUCGGACCAUUUAAAUUGUUAAGAGAUGAUAGUGUGAGGGUACAAACCUUUAAAGGAUCUUCAGCAAAGGGUUUGAAUAACCCCAAUUCAAUCAAGCAAGUUUCCAAAGAAUUAUUACCAAUCAUUAAUGGUCUUUUGGCUCCUCCGCCUUAUGCGUAUAUGCCUUCUCAAGGUAGAUGGGUGAUGUUGAUCUUUGGUAAUGUCGACUUGCAGAUAAAUUACCUAUGGCAAUUAGCAAAUAAACCCAUAUCUCACUUAUCGUUCCCCUCAACCGCAAACUCUCCUCACAAUAAAUCGCACUCACAUGAAAACGAUACCGUCGACUCCGAAGAAGAUGAAGCUGACGAAGAUUCGACUCAACAUCAUUCACAUUCUAGAAGACCCUCCAACGUACUUGCCACAGCUACCGAGACGUCCGCUAAAGGACCCGCAUUGGGACCAGAAUUAUUCGUAGAAAGCGUCGUGAAGGCUUAUAAAAGUUGGUUAGAAAGGGAAAUUGUCAAUGGUCCAAUCGGUAAACGAAUCAAAGAACGUCUAUUGGAACAAAAUCAGGAAUCUUCAUCCGGACGAAGUGGAAUAAGACGAAGAACACCGGUAUCUAAGGUGCUUAUCGCUGCUGCUCUACCUCCUCUGGUGGAAGAUGAACUCUUACCUAGGAUACCUGAGAAAUACGUCGAGAGGUUGGAAGAGGAUCACUCAAAAGCCCAAAGAGCAAUGGAAAGGAGGAACAAAGAUUCUUCCGAGGAGAAAGAGAAAGAGAAUGGUUCGAGAACACCAUGGGCCAAAAAUCAAAAUCUAUCUAGAAGAUUAUCACUUUCACCUACACCCAGAACCAGCAAAUUACCUGAUGAAGAUUUAGAAGUUGGAGUAUCUACUUUAUCUCUGUCGGAUAAUACAUCGGAUGUGGUAAUUCCCAAUUCACCCAAAUCCACUUCUUCAUUCUCUUCGUCGACCUCCUCUCACGCGUCGACCUUAUUCGAAUCUCAACGUACGGCCAAUUCAAUGGAUACAAUGUAUUCAUCUGUACAUUCUCUUUCACCAUUACCAUUACCAUUACCCACAUCACAAGGCAAAGCAGAAAAUUCUACCAAAACUCCAGUAUUGGAAUUAUUAGCUCACGAUCCACCAUUAUGUACCCUCCCUGUACGAGUGGGAAUGACCAACCGCUUCAACACGCUUAUCAAACAAUUCUGUGACGAUCAUUCAGACGUAUUGUCCUUUGUAGAUAUCUCACCAGCUAUGAAAGAGGGUUCGGAACAACCUUCGGUCCACGGAGAGGUAGAUAGGAACGUAUGGGCUUGUCCUGUCGACCCCACCAAUGUACAUCCACUUUGGGAACCUACUUUACCACUUUGGAAAGAUGAAUUGAAGAAAGUUGGUUUACCGGUGGAUAGCUGGAGGAUAAGUGAGGAUGCACAGGAGACGUUUAAAGCUUAUGAGAUUGAUAAAAGACGGAGAACGGAGAAGAGGGGUGAUCAGAGGGAUGUUGAUAUGGGGAGGAUCAAGUUGAGGGAUGAAUAG